AUGAGUGCCAGGGCGCCCAAGGAGCUGAGGCUGGCGCUGCCGCCUUGUCUCCUCAACCGGACCUUUGCUUCCCCCAACGCCAGUGGCAACGCUAGUACCCGAGGCCCGGGCGGCGGCACCUGCAUAACGCAGGUGGGACAGCAGCUCUUCCAGUCCUUCUCGUCCACGCUGGUGCUGAUUGUCCUGGUCACCCUCAUCUUCUGCCUCAUCGUGCUGUCCCUCUCCACCUUCCACAUCCACAAGCGCAGGAUGAAGAAGCGGAAGAUGCAGAGGGCUCAGGAGGAAUACGAGCGAGAUCACUGCAGCAGCAGCCGUGGCAGCGGGGGGCUGGUCCAGGCUGGCAGCCAGGCCCCAACCCAGGGCAAAGAGACCCGGCUGGAGAGGCAGCCCCGGGACGCUGCGUUCAGCGCCCCUUCCCACGCCUCCGCCGCCGCCGCCUCCUUCUCCUCUUCGUCCCCGUCCCCGGGUGUCCAGUGUCCGGGUCCCUGUUCUCCUCCGCCUCCAGCGCCAGCCCCUAGUCCGCAGGGCGCACGUGCAGCUUCCUCCUGUUUGGACACAGCUAGCGAGGGCCUUUUGCAGACGGUCGUACUGUCCUGA